AUGUUAAGUUCCGAUACAGUUCCGUUGGGAUAUAUUAUUCGUACGGCGUUGUACAUUCAAACUAUUGGAUAUGGUGAAAAGACUCUGGGAUCCCCGCUACUUCUCUAUCAACUUCCAAUUCAAAACAUAUUAUUCGGACCACUUUAUUGUGACAUUUCCCCAGUUAAUGUCGGCCAAAUUUGUACAUUAACCAUGUAUGAUAAUUCAACAACCAAUACAACACCAACCAAUGCAACACCAGCCAAUGCAACACAAUCAACGCAAUCUAUCAGUAACAUUAACACUUAUUAUGCGAAAAUUUCAUUCUUGUCAAGUGGUUCCGUUAUUGAGUUUAUUCCAAUAUCUAGAACACUACCUACGCUACCUAAUGUCACAGAAUGGGUGGUUGCUUCAUUACCAUAUGGAGGUUAUUUAUUGGUUGCUCAGACAUU